CCAAACAUAUCAAAUCUCCAAACUCUAUUAAAAGCUCUCUCUUUCUUUUCUAUAAACAAUCUAUUAAAAGCUUUUGUCCGAAAAAAAACAAUCUAUUAAAAGCUUUAUUUUUGUCACGAAACUGCACAAAAUCAUACUUGAGAUCAGAAACAAUGGGAGCAACCACAGUGACCCAUGUGACGACCAUUAACCCUACUAACACCAACAUUCAUGGACCGGUCAUAGACGAAGUGGAUGGCCUAAUAAGAGUUUACAAAGACGGUCACGUGGAACGAUUUCAACUCGUGCCAUGUGUGGGUCCGUCACUACCCCUUGACCUCGGUGUGGCUUGCUCUGAUGUUAACAUCGACGAGUUGACUAACGUAUGGGCACGUCUCUAUGUCCCGACGGUAACCAAGUAUUUGUCGGUGUCUAGCUCUAAGCUCCCUUUGCUUGUCUAUUUCCACGGUGGAGGUUUCUGCGUCGGCUCGGCUUCUUGGUCGUGUUACCACGAGUUCUUGGCCAGAUUGUCCGCUAGCUCACGGUGCAUAAUAAUGUCUGUAAAUUACCGUUUAGCCCCUGAGAAUCCUCUUCCCGCAGCUUACGAAGAUGGAGUUAAUGCCAUUCUUUGGCUCAAGAAAGCAAGAAACGAUAACUUGUGGUCCAAGCUAUGCGACUUUGGCAAGAUAUUCUUGGCCGGAGACAGCGCCGGAGGCAACAUCGCCCACCAUGUCGCUGCGAGAUUACAAACCGUCGACGCUCUUAUACAGCCACUGAAGAUAGAAGGAACCAUCUUGAUCCAGCCUUUCUUCGGCGGAGAGGCGCGUACGGAGAGUGAGAGGCGCGUGGAAAAUAAUAUGAAGAGCUCAGUGCUGACACUUGCUGCCUCAGACGCGUGGUGGAGGCUGGCUUUGCCACGUGACGCAAACAGAGAGCAUCCGUAUUGUAAACCGGUGAAGAUGAAGACGAGGACGCUGGUAUGCGUGGCGGAGAUGGAUGUGCUGAUGGACAGAGAGAUAGAGAUGUGCGAUGGUAAUGAGGAAAUGAUCAAGCGCGUGGUGUACGAAGGCGUUGGUCAUGCGUUUCAGAUUCUUGGAAAGUCUCAGCUUGCCCACACGAUGACUCUUGAGAUGUUGUGCCACAUCGACGAUUUCAUCCACCAAUGUGAUCCUUCUAUUUAGUUAUGUAUUUUCCAUAAUCUUUUUUUGUGGUAGCUCUUAUAUGUGUAUAUUUUUUUGUGUUCCAUAAGAUGUAGGUUAUAGGAAUUAAUAAGAAUUUCGAUUUGGAUU